CCUGUACACUGUGUCCGCAGUCUCUGGUCAUCUCCUGUACUAUGUCCGCAGUCUCUGGUCAUCUCCUGUACAGUGUCCGCAGUCUCUGGUCAUCUCCUGUACUGUGUCCGCAGUCUCUGGUCAUCUCCUGUACUGUGUCUGCAGUCUCUGGUCAUCCUCCUGUACUGUGUCCGCAGUCUCUGGUCAUCUCCUGUACUGUGUCUGCAGUCUCUUGUCAUCUCCUGUACUGUGUCUGCAGUCUCUGGUCAUCUCAUUUGUACUAUGUCUGCAGUCUCUGGUCAUCUCCUGUACUGUGUCCGCAGUCUCUGGUCAUCUCCUGUACUGUGUCUGCAGUCUCUGGUCAUCUCCUGUACUGUGUCGCACAGUCUCUGGUCAUCUCCUGUACUAUGUCUGCAGUCUCUGGUCAUCUCCUGUACUGUGUCUGCAGUCUCUGGUCAUCUCCUGUACUGUGUCUGCAGUCUCUGGUCAUCUCC